GCCGGUACACGACGACGCAAUGUGGGGUUCUAGCGUGGCUGCCUUCUGGAGUUUGGAGCUGAGAGGACUCCUGCAACGGGGCACUCAAGGCAGCAGAAUAACUCAGACACCCGCCCAACAACACCAUCUGCGCGCUUUGUGUUUCAUGCGGAAUUCGUCUGCCUAGAGCGAAUCGUAUUUCAAAGCGUCAUUUUCUUGAACGAGGGGUUUGUCCACCGACACGGCCACAUCUGUGUACGAGAAACUCAGUGUUUAAAGAGGAACCAACGGCAACACCCCGCAGUCCAAUUCCGACCAUCACCGACCUCUUUCGCAGGCGGCCUCCGGCAAAAUAUUUGAUUUUGUUACAGCAAAGUUUUUCUAGACCGCAAUUCGCUAGACAUUUGUACGAACUAUACCGACCGAAUUGGCCCUCUCACACAACCCCGCGCCCUAGAAUUGCAGAGUAGUGGCAGCAGAACCCUCAGCAGAGUUCAAACCGACGGCGGAACUCUGGCGAGAGAGGUUGGCACAAGAGCCCUAGCUUUCUCCUUCUAUCCUAUAUACCACCAUUAGCUAGGGCAUGUUAGACGACCCUCGCCAUGCAAGCCAAUAACAGUCCAGGCAAUAGCAGCGCCAGUGCCAGCGUCAACCUUGCCCUGCCUCAUCGACCCAAUGUUGCGCGAGGCAGAAACCAAGACAGCCGAAGCUACUUUACGAGUUACACCCCUCCAAGCUCGACAGAAGCGAUAAACGGGCCUGUUCGCGAACCCGCCAGAGAUCCCCCGCCGAUCAAUGACCGCCUCAUUGUUGGCGUAGACUUUGGCACCACCUUUUCCGGUGUUGCUGCCGUUUAUACCUCUACACCGGACGAUAUCGAGAUUAUUAAGACAUGGCCUGGAGGCAAUGGCAUUACAUCCGACAAGGUUCCUACCGAAAUUGCGUAUAGUUACCCUCCCAAUGCAGAGGCUGAUGCUGAGCCCACUGCGAAAUGGGGAUUUCAAUUCAAGCCAGAAGACUCGCGGCUUAGAUGUAUAAAGCUGUUUCUGGACCGUUCGCAAAAGUUACCGUUCUAUGUUAGCCCAUUGGAUACGGCUGCACAACUGAAGCGGUUCAACAAGAAUGUGGUGGAUGCUGUUGGUGAUUACUUGACACAGAUUUAUAAACACACCAUGGAUACACUCACCCGACGCUAUGGCGAAUCUUUCAUGACAUCUACAAAGGUGGAUUUUGUUCUUACGUGUCCUGCAGUAUGGAGUGACGCCGCCAAAAAUACGACAUUGCAAGCUGCCGAACGGGCUGGUAUGGGCAGUCGGUCAGACAUCCAGAUGAUUAGCGAGCCCGAGGCUGCAGCUGUGUACACCCUGAAAGCCAUUCAACCCAAUCAUCUCAAUGUAGGCGACAAUUUUAUUGUGUGUGAUGCUGGUGGUGGAACUGUUGAUCUUAUCGCGUACCAAAUCAUGUCCUUGAAACCGCUCCGUGUGGAAGAAUCUGCUGUUGGUACGGGUGGCCUCUGUGGAAGUGCUUUCCUUAACUACCGGUUCGAAGAGCACGUACGCAACCGUCUGGGCCAAGCUCGCUUCGACGAGAUGAAGAACAAGAAGGGCAAGACAUGGCAAAUGGGUCUCAAAUAUUUUGAGGAGUUUGUAAAGCGAAACUUCAACGAGGACGAGCACCAAGAAAUCAACGUACCAUUCCCUGGUCUGCCGGACGAUGAAGAAGCUGGACUCGACUCUGGUUUCUUGGUCAUGACUGGCGAUCAAGUCAAAGACAUAUUCGAGCCUGUAGUUAAGGAAGUCUGUGAUCUAGUGCAAGGUCAAGUCGACAGCCUUCGCGCCAAGGGUGGUGUCGUAUCCGGUAUUGUGCUGGUGGGCGGCUUUGGCCAGAGCGACUAUCUCUAUAGACGAUUGAAGGCUCACUUCUCAAGUGCAGCCCCGCCCCCCUACAGCGAGCGCCCAACGCAUGCGACGGCCAAUUCCAAUCAAGAGCCCGGCUCGAUCGAGGUCAUGCAGCCCGUGUAUGCGUGGACGGCUGUUGUCCGUGGUGCGGUCCUUCGCGGCCUGGAGGGCAGCAUGGUUAUAUCUCGCAAGUCAAGAAUGCAUUAUGGAACGUCCUAUGCCACGGUGUUUGACGAAGCCAAGCACUCAGUUAGCGAGCGAUACUGGUCACCGCUCUGGGAACGUUGGAUGGUGUCGGAUAGAAUGCAGUGGCAUAUCGCCAAGGGUGAAUCCCUCUCGCCGCUUUCGCCCAUUGCAUUUCACUAUACGCGCAAUUUCCGUCCCGGCCAAUCUCUGACGGUUACUGACGAUUUGAUUGCGUGUGAUACAGAAGAGCCACCGGCAGCGUACACACGUGAGCUAAUGCACGUUUGUACACUCACUACCGACUUGAAUGCUGUGCCACGAAGCUUGUUCACGAGGCUAACAACGACGCGGGGUGUCGAGUUUGACAACCUCGACUUUACGUUGGAGAUGAUUGUGGACAGCGCUGGCUUGGGCUUCGAGCUCAAGGUGGACGGAGUGAGAUAUGGUAGAGUGGAGGCAGAGUUCCAUUAAAUUUGUUUUGAAAAAGCGCGCCAGUCAAAUUUUAGCAUAGUAUACAUAUAUAUAUUACAUUUUUGUUCAAUACGCAGCCACCUCUCCAUGGUGCGUAGUGCGUGCUACCCUAGAAAAGACGGUGUGAUGACAACAGCUGGCGAAAUCGUCAAUGGUGUCUGUAAUUGGCUCUAUUUUCCAUUUUAAUAGCUACUCUUACUUUAAAAUUAUCAAUAUUCGAUAUUUGUGUUAUC